UCACACCAUUUAUAAAACAUUUAAAAGUCUAAUGAGAGCAAGACCAAAGGGCAAAAGAGCAUGGACAACUGAAUCAGUGUUGCUACUAGAAUAUAAUGUUGCAUCAAUAGAUGGUAUCCAAAAUCUUUUCAAAAACGCUCCAUAAAAGUUCAUUAGCCGGUGACUUGUGAUAUUUCUAUAAGUAUUGCAGUGGACCGUUGUUUGGUCUGAACAUGUUAACUGCUGUUAGUUCAGGCAGCAAUUGACUGCCCUAUACCCUGGUGAACAGACUGGUGGUCAGGCAGAUCGAUACCUAUCUGGCCACGGAAUCUAGCAUAGAGCUAUUUUGUAUUCCAUUAGUGGUCCCUGGUGGUUAGCAAGAGUCAUAAAAACGGCUACACAGGUGCUUUCACAAGAAUCUUCAACAGCACUUCUUAUUUUAUAUCUUUUUUUUUUUGCUUGUUUAGUGUAAUUUAACACCCCAAGUCUGCAUGUUGCACAUAAUGGAGUGCUUUUAGUUUUUUUUCAAGCAAAAAGAUGAUAAUGAUUGCGUCCACUCUUCCUUGAAUGAAGGCUACUGAGAACAAAAUGGCCCUCUGCUGCUAGAGAAAUAACCAGACAUUUUAUCCCAUCUUAGUUCAUAGUGCUAUUCUCUCCUGUCUUCCAGUCCUGAAUAUAUGGUCCUAUUCUGCAUGUUUUUCUUUUUAUGGAUUUUCAGGCAAAUAUUUAGUCCGUGGACAGACCUUAAUAAGUAUGAAUAAUAGAUGCUUAGUAUCAAGUUUGCUAAUACUAAGUGGGUCUUAAUAUUAAUCCCAUCAUUUUGUUCUUAUCUGGAAUCAGUACUGUAGCCUACAAACAUUGUUGUCAGGUUAAUUCCUGAACGUAGCGCCUGAGAAAGUGGCUUUAUAUUCAGACUGAAUUUCUACCCGGUGCAUUGCCUUACAAACAAAUAGAUUAUACUCUGUUUUCUGUACAGAUAUGCAGUUUGAACCUGGGGAUAAUUCUCUGAAGACAUGAUUGUACAAGUGUUCUGCAACAAUGAGCUAAGCCUCUUUUCCUGACAGCAUUUGCUUCUGCCAUUCCCAACACCAUCUUAGACUUUUUAUAGCCAAGACAGCAUUGAGACAGCAAUCCACUUUAUAGAGAGCUGCUGAUUAUUACAGAGCCUCAUUUUUUCACCCAGAACUAAUCAGUAUUAUUCAACACCAAGUUUCUUACUGGUGUGAAGCAAGAAUUUAAUAUAUGGCAUUUUCCUACACUUAAAAUGUGGCAUUCUAGAGGUAUCUUAUAUUCAGUAUUAUACUUCAGCACCAAUGUAGCUUUGUCUCUCUGUUUCCUGGCAGGUCUGAGUGAUAGUGUCUCCAUCAUGAGGCUUCUGUUAAAGAACCUGGAUAAAAUGAGAUGUUUACGCAAGCGUGCAACCAUCCCCUUUUUGGUGAUUCUCAUCACUUUUCUGCUCUUCAUGAACCUUUACAUGGAGGAUGGCUAUGUGCUGGAGGAGGAUAAACGGCAGCUGAGGGAGGUUUCGAUGCACCCGCUAAAUUCUGAACGAUAUGUUCACACCUUCAAAGACAUCACCAAUUUUUCUGGAACCAUUAACGUGACAUAUCGCUACCUUGCUGGGACACCGUUGCCUCGAAAAAAGUACCUCACGAUUGGGUUGUCAUCAGUGAAAAGAAAACGAGGAAAUUACCUUUUGGAGACCAUUAAAUCAAUUUUUGACCAGUCCAGCUAUGAAGAGCUCAAAGAGAUUGUAGUUGUGGUUCACUUGGCGGAUUUUGACCUGGCUUGGUGUGAGAGUUUGGUUCAGGAGAUUACCCGCAAAUUUGGACAUCACAUAAUUGCUGGACGUCUACUGGUUAUUCAUGCGCCUGAGGAAUACUACCCAUCUCUUGACGGGCUGAAGCGAAACUACAACGACCCUGAGGAUAGAGUUCGGUUCCGUUCCAAGCAGAAUGUAGACUAUGCUUUCCUCCUCAACUUCUGCACCAACCUCUCCCACUUCUAUAUGAUGCUAGAGGAUGAUGUGCGAUGCUCACGGAAUUUUCUCACUGCUCUAAAGAAAGUAGUCACUUCCAGAGAGGGGUCGUACUGGGUCACGCUGGAGUUCUCCAAGCUGGGCUACAUCGGGAAGCUUUACCACUCUAGAGAUCUUCCCAGACUUGCACACUUUCUGCUCAUGUUCUAUCAAGAGAUGCCUUGUGAUUGGCUGCUGAUUCACUUCCGAGGCCUGUUGGCCCAGAAGGAAGUGAUUCGCUUCAAGCCAUCACUUUUCCAACACAUGGGCUACUACUCAUCAUACAAGGGGGCUGAAAAUAAACUGAAGGAUGAUGACUUUGAGGAGGACUCACUCGAUAUCCCAGACAACCCCCCUGCCACACUGUACACUAACAUCAAUGUGUUUGAGAGCUAUGAUGCUGCCAAAGCUUACAGCAGUGUGGAUGAGUACUUCUGGGGCAAGGCUCCUUCAACUGGGGACUUUUAUGUCAUAGUGUUCAACAAGCCGACAAAAAUCAGCAAAAUUAAAAUCAGCACUGGAACAGAUGACCGUCAGAAUGACAUUUUGCAUCAUGGAGCAUUAGAAGUUGGAGAGAAACUGGUGGGAACAAAAAAAGGCAGGCAGUGCUCCUCCUACAUCACGUUAGGAGAGUUUAAACAUGGGAACAUUGAGGUUCACAAUGUGGACCAUAAAAUUGCUUUUGAUAUUGAGUGCGUUCGCAUUGUGGUCACAGCAAACCAGAAGGAAUGGCUGAUUAUCAGAAGUAUAAGCCUGUGGACUACUCAACCUCCAAAUCAGUGAGAACUGCUGUAGAUCAUUACAACAACUAUCACACAAAUGGCACAACAAUCAGUCAUUGAGUUUGCUUGGUAUAUUUAUCUAUUUAUUUUUGGUUUAGUACUAUUUAUUAUGUUUACUAUUUAUUUGAUUAUUUAUUCAUUUUUAUAUAAGAUCCCUUUGGUUUUGCUUCAUACCCUAAGUAUGUAUACAAAAGUAUGUGAUGAACUGAUAGAUUGUUAUUUUUCUGACUCUUCGUUAAUAAGAACACUGUAGGCUUAUGCUGUUUUGUAUGUGAUUAUGCCAUAAGCUCUUCAGCAGUCUGAUUGCUGGUUCCAUCAUUUGGCAGUGGCAUUUUCACUCAUAGCCUUGGGAUGUCCACUUACAUUCUCAUGAUAUGGUAAAGCUGCUUGAUAAACUGUAAACAUACAAAGAUUUGUUAUUUGAUAUUUCCUUUCGUCUCAUUUCCUUUCAUUAUAUCAUCCAAUCGCAAGCAUAUGGUCAAUGUGGAAUUGAAUAUACAAUGUAUUGUGGCAUGAAUUUAGUCGACUGCACUUCACAUUGUCUCCCCACUAAAUGGUAAAAGGAAUGUCAUUUGUUCAAUCGACCUUGGCCCUGAAGGGUCACCUUUAGUCUAGUGUUUUGAAAUUGCAGUGUGUAAUUUGUUGGUGUGUUCCUUCAGAAGCAUGAACCACAACACAGUGUUUUUAUUCACCCAUCUUAGAAGGCUUGUGAUUGAACAGUACAGUGACAAAUGAGGUGGACCUGUUCUACCGUCCACUCAUUCUUUUCGCCCCUCUUUUGCCUCAGCACAAUUUUACCCAAGUAAAUUGGAUUUUGUUUGGUUUUCUUGCUGUAUCCAAAGAUACACCAGCUACAGAUAGGCUCUGUAUAAUAUAUAAAAGGAUAUAUUAUAGGAUAUAUUCUUUUAUAUAUA